GGGCCGGCGCGGGGAGCCCGGGCCGCCGCCUCCCGCCCUCCCUCCCUCCCUCCCGCCGCGCCGGCGGCGCUGACAGCAUGAGCCCCUGACUGGGCCGGGCCGCCACGGCCGCCACCGCCGAGCCCGGGCAGGGCCGCCCGCCCCGCGGGCAUGCCGGAGGUCGGUACUCAGAAGUGCCUUUCCUGACGUCUCUGCUGCUUGGGACCGCUUCUAGAGCAGCCGCUGCUUUUUGCCUUGCUUGCUGCCAGCUAGACUGCGACGACAGCGCAUCGCCGCGCCCCCGGCCAGACACCCCGCUGCCGCCCGCGCCGGGAGACGGGCGCUGCCGGCCUGCCAGCCUGCUUACUGUAAAGUAAAAGUGUGCUGAGAAGGUCAGAGAUCUUCUGCCCGAAAAUCGAGGAGAGGAAGGAAAAAAAAAAAAAAAAAUCCCGUCUCGAGCGUAGCUCUAAACUGCUGCACCUCUCUAUGCCCAGCUAAUCGAUCCCGGUUGCACCGCACAGCCCCGCUGCGCAGCCCGGCUGCCUGGAGAUUCAGCCAACUUCCCCGGGAGCAGCUGGGAAUUCCCGCGCCAGAGGGUCGGCCACGUUUUCAUGCUUGCAGCGCGGGCUCCGGCGGGCUCAGGAUGGGGUGCUGAGCGCCAGGCGGGCCCGGCCGCGCCGCUGCACCUGCCCCGAGCCCUGCCCCGGGCCCCGCGCCUCGGCCGCUCGGCGGGGCCGCGCGCGGAGCUGCUGCCGGCGCCGCUCCCGGGCUCUGCGGCCGCCCCGAGGCGCAGGCACUUCUAGAAACGGGGAGCCGGGGGGGGGUGGGUGGGGGAAAAAAAGUGCUCCGGAGGUGGCCCUUUCAUCGUUGCCAGUUUAUCGGUUCAGCUCCUCGUUUGUCCGUUCUCUUGGAAAUUGUACCUACCUGUAAAAUCUAAAGAUGGCUGUUAGUGUCACGCCGAUUCGGGACACAAAAUGGCUAACACUGGAAGUGUGUAGGGAGUUCCAAAGGGGGACUUGCUCACGGCCAGACACGGAAUGUAAAUUUGCACACCCAUCGAAAAGCUGCCAAGUUGAAAACGGACGCGUAAUCGCCUGCUUUGAUUCAUUGAAAGGCCGAUGUUCACGGGAAAACUGCAAAUACCUGCACCCGCCGCCACACUUAAAGACGCAGCUGGAGAUAAAUGGACGCAAUAACCUGAUUCAGCAGAAGAACAUGGCCAUGCUGGCCCAGCAGAUGCAGCUCGCCAAUGCCAUGAUGCCUGGUGCCCCCUUGCAGCCCGUGCCGAUGUUUUCUGUUGCACCGAGCUUGGCCACCAACGCAUCAGCUGCCUUCAACCCCUACCUGGGGCCUGUCUCCCCAGGCCUGGUCCCAGCAGAGAUCCUGCCCACGGCCCCAAUGUUGGUGACAGGGAACCCCGGUGUCCCGGUUCCUGCCGCUGCUGCUGCUGCUGCCCAAAAGCUCAUGAGGACAGACAGGCUGGAGGUAUGUCGAGAGUACCAGCGUGGCAAUUGCAACAGGGGGGAGAACGACUGCCGGUUUGCCCACCCUGCCGACAGCGCCAUGAUCGACACCAACGACAACACCGUCACCGUCUGCAUGGAUUACAUCAAAGGGAGAUGCUCACGGGAAAAGUGCAAAUAUUUUCACCCUCCUGCGCACCUGCAAGCCAAGAUCAAGGCUGCCCAGUACCAGGUUAACCAAGCUGCAGCUGCCCAGGCAGCAGCGACUGCAGCUGCCAUGACUCAGUCGGCUGUCAAAUCACUGAAGCGACCCCUCGAGGCAACCUUUGACCUGGGAAUUCCUCAAGCUGUACUUCCCCCAUUACCAAAGAGGCCUGCGCUUGAAAAAACCAAUGGUGCCACCGCAGUCUUUAACACUGGUAUUUUCCAAUACCAGCAAGCUCUUGCCAACAUGCAGUUACAGCAGCAUACAGCCUUUCUCCCACCAGGCUCAAUAUUGUGCAUGACACCCGCUACAAGUGUUGUUCCCAUGGUGCACGGUGCUACGCCAGCCACUGUGUCUGCAGCAACAACAUCUGCCACAAGUGUUCCCUUCGCUGCAACAGCCACAGCCAACCAGAUACCCAUAAUAUCUGCCGAACAUCUGACUAGCCACAAGUAUGUUACACAGAUGUAGACAGUUUGUCAUCAAACAAUGAUAACUAAGAAGAAAAGGACAGUGUGUUUGGGUCGAGAAGAGGACAAGCCCAUUAGCCAUAAUGUAAAUACCGUCAGGCGACACUCGGACACUCCCUCAGCAGUUCGACAUCCACACAUUGCAUGUUAACGAGAUGAAACGAGACCUUGGAAAUCCACUGCACACUGUUGCCUAUAUACUUUGUACAUUUAAUUGAUAUUUGUGCUGAGGUGAUCUUAUUGUCUAAAAACUACAGCAUUGUCUGUCUUUUCUAGCACAGAAGUAUGCAUAUGGAUUUGGGUAUGCAUACGAGGCCUAUUUCCUACAUAAUCAUGGAUGUCACCUUGAAAAGACAGAGGAUGAUGUAACCAUAAAUCUAUUAUGUAUUGGUACGUCUGUAGACCAAGAUAUAAUUUUUUAAAGUAAGUUUAUUUCUUUCAAGGUUUACAAAUAACAAAGGUGCACCUUGUAUUUAAAAUUGCCAUUAUAGAUGAGAGCGUGCAUGCACAGUAAUUUUUGUUUAAGAGUAAUAUUUUUAAUGUAAUAGAUUGUAAGAAGUGGUAAGAGAGGUAUCUGACAGAGAUGAAUGUGCCAAGCAAAACCACAACUGUGUAUAUUUUAAAGCACAUCAAUGGCUUUAAGUACCAUGUUGUUAAGGAUUCUCAUGAAGUGCCAUAGACUGUACAUCUGAUUAGAGUAUUAUUUCUGCAGUGUUAUUUUCAGAACCAUGUUUUCACUGACUUUAUUAGUACUAACCAGUCAAAGGGCACCAUUCUGUUUCAAACCAAAGCUGUCUCAGAAAUGGCCAACGACUCCUUGCAGUAACAGUAGGCAGCACAGGAAAGAUACUCUAGCCGUACAAUUAACCCAUACUGGACAUAUAUAUAAACUAUUUUAAGGCAUCAUAGUGUAAUAUUUAUGCAUAUUUUACUGUAUAACAUGAUACAUGAAAGGGAAAAGCCAUUUCUGAGACACAGUAACAAAUGUUUGAGGAACUUCUUUUGCUUCUAUUUAUAGCCUCUGUCGAAAGUCAAAAGGACUAUAAAUGUUUUGCAGAGAUGGGUUUCACUUUUACUUCAUUACAGUCACGCUUUUCACGGUGACUCUAAACAAAGACGAAAGAAGCACUGACAUCAGAUGCAUGACAAACCAAAAUAUGAAAAAUGGAGAUGUUAAUUAGUGUAGAAAUUGGGUGGGUUAAAUACUUGGGUGAGUUUUAUAUGUGAUUUUUUUUGUUGUUGUUCAGAUAACUGCUUAUAGCCUUAGAAAGCCUUUACAAAAUAAAAACAAACAAAAAAGAAAUAGAUGUGCAUUCAAGUUUUAAGAACGGAUUCAUCCAAAGGAAUUCCUUUUUGUGGUUUGGAUGUUGCAGCUAGUAAAGGAUAUUUUUGCUCUGUUCAGCAAAGUGCUGAAGUGGGGGCCAGGUCACUGGUGGCGUAGCGGGGUGGAAGAGGCGCGGGUUCGGUUGUAGAACUCGCCGUACUUCCGAGUUUACUGCGAGUUUUUAUGCUUGAGAGAGAUGCUUUAUAAGUCUAAGAAUGAUGUGUUGAUUUUACUGAUUGUACUGUACAUCUAUUAAAGCCUUAGAUUAUUACAUUACGGGUUAAAACCCAUACCAAUGUAAUUUCAAUCGUGUUAAGAAAGUAUAGGUGACUUCACAUGUUAUUGUAGCUACUUAACAUUAUAGAAUAUUACUUCUUUUUUCUUGUUAAAAGUGUAGUUUUUAUUUCUUACAUUUAUUAGAUUGUUUUCAUUUUCUAUUACCAGUUGAAUACCAUUUCAGUUUAUAGAAUUCUGUUUUAUUAGAGUUUACUGAUGACUUUUUCAAAAUACAAAAAAAAAGUAGUUUUCUUCAUAACAUACUCAGUUUUGAAUUUACAUGUAGUGUCAUAUGAGUAUUCGUAUUACUGUUAACUAAAUGAUUUAUAUUUUACUGAUUUAAUAUUACAAUGUAAGAAUGUCAGUCAUUGUUAGUUCUUGUCUAGUUUUCAUUAAAAGAACAAAGAUCUUUUAUAUGGAUAUCUUAUAAUUAUAUAAUCAUUGCUAAGUAAGAAGUUAAGUUGUUGCUAUCGCAACAAUCCUGGCAGACAAUUGAGUAAUAUUUUGAUGAUUUAUUUUGUUUGUAAUUAGUUAUUAUGAGAAAAUCUAGUUCCUAGAUAUUAGAAUAAAAUUUAUUUUCUACUGUAUCCAUUUCAAAUGUUAAAAUAUUGUUUAAAUAUUUUUUGAAAUCCCUGAAUAUCAGGCCUUGUUAUAAAUAAGCUGCAUAAUCAAUAGAUCAAGGGACUUUCUGUUGAUAAUCCAAAUACUCAAAGUUUACGUAACAAGAAUUAUAGUGUGUGUGUGCAAACUCUUGAGGGUUGAUUAUGCUGCAGUUUAGCAUGUGGGAACGUAUAGAGAGAAGGUUGACUUUUUGCACUUCUGUAUAUAGUCAAAAAAGAGAGAAACCUGUAUAAUAGUAAGAUCUUAUUUUGAAUAAAAAUGUCUAUAAUUACAAGGAGUUUUGUUAAGGCUAAUAAAAUGACAGGCUGAACAAAAUUGCUUGCAAAAGUGGCACAGAGUUAGCACUCCAUACCCCUUCAAAAAAGUUGCUUUGCUUUUUGUGGACAGCUUGUAGUUUGCCAGGAUUUUUUCAGCUGGAAAGAUAUGCCAUCCUUCCAAGAUCUCAUGACUGACAAAAGCUCCACUGGUUCAAAUCUGCCUGAAAAUCAUUAAGAAAAGAAAAAAAAAGAAAAAAAAAAGGAAAAAAAAGGAAAAAAAAAAAAGCAGGUACUUCAGACCAUCAAGGUGAAAUCAUGGAUCAAAUAUUCCGUACAUUAUUCAAAAACUACUGCAUGUUUAAAGUAUCAAAAAAUAUAUUAAAGAUAUAUGCUAUUCAAACCAGUCUCUGAGAAUUUCAGUGGUUUAUUGUUCACAAAAAAAGAAAAAAAAAAGAUUCUUCAAAAGAAAUACUGACUUUCACAAAAGAGUUAAAUCAUGAACAGGCAAACCAAACAGCACACUGUAGCUGUAGUUGUUAUGUGAUUAUUUUUUAUUGCUGUAGUGGUCCUGUUCUUUUAGCAGGUGAAAAAACAAACAAACAACAAACCAAACCCAGGGAAAUUUUACCCUUUGAAUGGAGAGCGUUCAAGGAACCUUGUCUAUGCCAAAGCUGGAAAGGAGAAGUGAUCAGGCCAUUGCUUCCUCCGGUCUCUCCCGUGCUCACACUGAAUAAUUAAUGACGUUGCACUUAUUUGCAACCCCGCAACUUUCAUCUGCUGAAAGGACAGAUGUGCUUGGUUUUACUAUUAUGUAAUCACAGACUUACUUUUUGCUUGUAGUUGCUCCAAAUUAUGUACUCUGUCCUGGGCUGCAAUUUGUUUUUAUGCUUAUUUUAUUAUUACUGCUAUAGUUGACCUUGCUGUAUGGAAAAAAAAAAAAAAAUAAAGUGAAAUUGCCCUAACAAAA